AUGGCCAAUAUUGCCAUACAAUUGUCAUCCUAUAAUUCUUCAAAUUUACAAGAUAAUCGCGUACUAUUUUCCAAAUCCUAUGUCCAUGAUAGUUAUAAACCAAAUUCACCAAUUUCAGUUGAUCAGUCAAUUUACAUGUCAGGUCCAACCAUUAGUCAACUUAUUACAAAACUUGUGGCAUUAAAUUUAGUACCAAAUGAAAAGAAAACUUUAACAGUUAAUGAAAUUUUAAAUUCUGUUCAAUCUAAAAUUUCAAUUUCACAAGAUAUUGUUGGUGAUUAUGUGAGUUGGUCGAGAAUGUUGCCAAUUAUUCCUGCUAAUGCCUUUGUUACUUUUCAAAAUUUAUUAAUUGGAAAUUCAGGAUUUGAUUUUAGAAAUGAUUUGGAUUUGUACUUGAGUAAUAAUCCACAAUCUUCGUCAAGUGUUAGUUUAAUGCAAGUAUUUGAACAAAAUAUUCAAAGUCAUUUGGCUCCACGUAUUAGACAAGUCAAUCAAUUGAAAAAUAGAAUUGAUGUUGAUGGAAUGGCAUUGAUGGGUUAUAUAAUUCACAAGUUGAGUGAAAAUCAAUCAUUGGACUAUAUUUACUCUAAUCAAUUUAAAACAGUAUUCAAUUUACAAUCAAGUUAUCCAUUAUUUAAUUCAGAUGUUAGAGAUAGCUCAAAUUUUGUAAAAGCAACCAAGGAAAAUGAUAUUCUCUCAGAAGAUUCCAAUUUUAAAUAUUAUUCAAUUUAUCCAGUAACCACUAAUUUGUUUUCUACAUGUGCUGAUUUAAAUAAGAUAGGUGUCUAUGUUAUGAGCAAGUACUCUGAGAAGGAAAUUCAAGAUAUGAACUUGUUGAGUUACGCUACCCAUAAUAAUCAAGUUUAUUAUUAUCAAUUUUCCAAAGUUGGUAAUUAUUUGACUGCCAUUAUUACCUUUCCAAAGGAGAAUUUAGUGUUGAGUAUUAGUGGAUUGGGCGGUUCUUAUGAAGUAGCUGAUGAUAUGAUUCAACAAUUUUCAUAUAAUAUUUUGCCAAACACUAAAUGUAGUGAUUAUGACAAUUUGGUUCUUGUUUCGAAUGGUACAUGUCAAUUGACUAGCUCUUUGACAUCUAUUGUUCCACUAUACAAGAAGGAAUAUUUUGAUAGUUUCAAGAAGAAUUAUGCUGGUUGUUAUGUUAAUUCUGAAUUUUCUCAUUCAACUUUCAGAAAAUACUUUACCAUGAAGGAAAUGAUUUGUAUUGAUGCACCAAUCUCUUCCAGUAAUUAUUUAACAGCAAAAUUGUAUAAUUUUGAUCCAAAUCAACCUUCUGCAACUGGAACUAUUCCAAUUGGUUCAGAUGAAUUUAUUUUUGUUCAAGAGUUUGGAUUUGAUUCAUUUAGAAUGGGACAUUUAAGUAAUGGAAUGGUAACAUUUGACAAUUAUGUAUCAAAUCACAGUUGGACCUUCAGUGUCAAAUCAGGAGAGAAUGUUGUUUAUUUAACUGGUCCAUAUGAUACCCAACGAUAUGAAAGAUUUGAUGAUAGACUCAGUACAUUCAUCAUUUAUCUCGUAUUUGGUGCUCCAUUUGUUUUUGGAUUCGUUGCUCCAUUCAUUCAUUUAUUCUUCCUUGUUUUUGAGGUUAGAGAUCGUGCAAAGAAUGGAUUUAAUAAUUUGGCAAAUGCAGAUUUGUCUCACAUAAUGUUGAGUGGAAAUAAUUAUCAAUCCAGUGAUGAGGACUCUGAUGAAGAACUUGAUGAAAAUAUUGAAUCUUCUCUGAAGAGAUACUCAUCACGUGUUCAAUUGGAGAGAAAGAAUAGCAUCAAGAAGAAGAAGAAAAAGAAGAGUGAUAUGGGUGUCAAGAAAUCAGCAGCCAAGAAAUGGAGUAUAAUCCUGUCAAUCUUUAUCUUCCACAUAUUUGCAUUGUUCUUAUUCACAGCUCUCAAAGCAAUUAAUAUUUUGACAAUCUUUGGUAUUUGGCAACAAUGGACAGCAAUGUUAUAUCUUCCAUUAGUAUCAAUCAUUCUGACUUUCCUUUGUGCUAUUCUCAUUCCAAUCAUUAUGUGUAUUAGAGUCAAGUUUAGAACUAUUUCUGGAUGGGUAUUUACACUUGUUUACCUCUUCUUCUUGUUAUUAGAUAUUGGAUUUAUUGUAAUCUUAAUGAAAAUUAACUGGUUUGGAUUUUGGAAUCAAAUGUAA